CACACACACACACACUGUUAGAAUGUUGUCUAAGGCAGUGUUGGGUAUGACUCUGAGCCUUUUCAUCGUGCUAACGGUGUGUGGGAACGUACUGGUGUGUCUGGCCGUCUGCGCCACCAGACGUCUGAGGAGCGUCACAAACUGCUUCAUCGUGUCACUGGCGGUGACGGACUUCCUGCUGGGCGUUCUGGUGCUCCCGUUCUCAACCCUGUACGAGGUCACCGGCGACUGGCCACUGGGAGCGCACUUCUGCAACGUUUACAUCUCACUGGACGUCAUGUUAAGCACCGCCUCCAUCCUUAACCUCCUGGCCAUUAGCGUCGACCGCUACUUUGCGGUCACCGCCCCUCUGCGUUACCCUACGCUUGUUUCCCCGUGGCGCGUCACCCUGUCCCUCAGCGCCGUCUGGCUGGUGUCUGUGGGCGUGUCCUUUAUUCCGAUUCACCUCGGGUGGAACACGCUGGACCACACAGUCCAGAAUCAUGGAGAUGAUGACCCAAUCAGAGCCUGCCGCUUUGAGCUGAGCCCCACCUACGUGAUAGUCGACGCCCUGACCACCUUUUAUCUCCCCCUAGUGGCCAUGUGUUGGACCUACUACCGAGUAUUUCGCAUCGCCCGGGCGCAGGCCAAGCGGAUGUAUCGGGGCGCCUCUUCAUCGUCGCUGCCAGCGGUGACAGCAAUCGCUCUACGCGAGCACAAGGCCACCGUGACUCUGGCCGUGGUGCUGGGCGCCUUCGUGGUCUGCUGGUUUCCAUAUUUCACAUUUUUCACCAUUAUGGGAAUACGGAAGGAGGAGGAUAUACCAAAGACGGCGUACUCGGUGGUGAUGUGGCUGGGCUACGCGAACUCGGCGCUGAACCCUUUCCUGUACGCAGCCCUGAACAGGGACUUCCGGUCUGCUUACGGCAGGCUGCUGUGUGGGGCGAGGGGUGUUAAAACACCGUCAGGAACACCCCCUGCAGCGGUGGAGGCGGGGCUAAUGGAUGGACACGCCCCUGCCGGCCAGAGGGUGGAGUUUAUGCCUGGGACUUGUGUGAUGCUACGAGACAGGAACGGAGAGAGGAAGGUCACUAACACUGGGACAUCCGCCACCGUGGUUACUGUCCUGUUUAAUGGCCACAGCAGUUUAUAAAAGGCUUGGUGCUUUUUCUGUCUCCUUAACUCACUCCUGGUCCAAGCUUGGUUCCACUUCUUAACACAAGACCUUCAGCAACAGAAGGAGGUUUCAAAAUGUCUAGGGAGCCAUUUUGUCCACUGAGCUGACGAAGACCCUGAAAAACUGAGCAGUCAGCGUCAAUUGGGAAGAAUGACAGCGAGUUUGGGGCACUACCACUCACAGAAGAAAACAACAAGGUGACAAUUGAAAAACAGUGAUCUAUUCCGUGACUUUGGUAGGCUAGAGUGAUAAAAAAAAAAAAAACAGACAGUCAAGCAAAGGGCACAUGCCAUCUAUAAAGCGAGGAAACACUGCUCCACCCUCUGGUCAGCCCAGGUGCCACAAAAUAUACAUACAUACAUACGUACAUACACACUGUACUUGUUUUCACAUGAUAGCAAUUUAGCACAUGAGAAAGGUUUGGGGUUUGAAACAUGCUGUAAAAAUGAACUCUGUAAGCUUGGGUCAA